AUGGAGAGAAAACUGGACAAUAAAAUGAAAAGGGAACUGUCCUACUUAGCUACUUUAAACAACAGAAACAUAUCCUUGGUGUCUAUUCGUAAGCAGCAGGCGGCUCGUGAUGUGCCUGAACUACUGAUUAUUGGUGAAAAGUCCAAGACGGCAUCUCCGGUAAAAGCAAGCAGUAACUUGCAGAAAGAAGAGAAACUUUUGCAGAGUUACUCCAUGGCAAUGACAGAAGUCAAUACAGAUGAAAGGCAGGCUUUGUCCAACGUUGAUUCUCCUCCUGGUUGCGAGCUGAAGCCUACAAUGAAACAUAAUUUUGCUUUUGACAACAUGGGCUAUGAGGCAAGCUCUGAAACCAUGCCCUCUCCACCUUCCCAAGAGCAUACUGUGGUAGUCAACAUUGUGGGAAUGACUUGCCAAUCAUGUGUACAGUCGAUAGAAGGCCGAAUUUCCAAGGUGAAUGGCAUUUUGAGAAUUAAAGUCUCCCUUGAACAGAACAAUGCUGUUAUCAAGUAUCAGCAGUCGGAAAUAAGCCCUGAACAGAUUUGCCAGGAAAUUCUGGACAUGGGCUUUGACGCCAACAUAGCAGAAGAGAAGUUGACGACAGCAACUGUGAAUUUGCCAAGCUUGAAAGAAGCAGUAGCUAAGCUUCGGGUAGAAGGCAUGACAUGCCAGUCCUGUGUCACCAACAUUGAAGGAAAGAUUAGGAAACUGCACGGUGUAGCAAAAAUCAAGGUGUCACUUGAUAACCAGGAAGCAAUUAUUGCUUACCAUCCUUACAUCAUUCAGCCUGAUGACCUCAAGAGACACAUCAGUGACCUGGGGUAUGACUGCACCAUUAAAAGUAAAUCAGCCCCUUUGAAGCUGGGUGCCCUUGAUCUCCAGCGCUUGCAGAAUGCAAACCCCAGGGAGACACCUGCAAGCCUCGAGAGUGAUGGGCUGGAUCAGCUGGCCCCCAAGAUGGGUAGCACAGCAACAGUGACUGUACAGAUAGAGGGCAUGCAUUGCAAGUCCUGUGUCAGAAACAUCGAAGGAAAUAUAUCAGAUCUUCCUGGUAUAAAAAGUAUUAAAGUGUCUUUGGAGCAUAAAUGUGCUGUGGUACAGUACAGCCCAGAUUUAAUCACCCUGUCAGCUUUCCAGCAUGCUAUCGAAUCCCUUCCGCCUGGAAACUUUAAAGUAAGCCUCCUUAGUGGUUCAGAAGCAAAUAAAGGAGCAUCUCCCUCAGGUGCUUUCUCAUACAAUGUCGUCAGACAGCCACCACAAGGCACGACACAUGUGGCUGUCAUUAAGAUUGAUGGCAUGACCUGCAAUUCUUGUGUGCAGUCCAUAGAAGGGGCCGUAUCACAGAGGCAGGGAGUGCAGCACGUAGCAGUUUCUCUAGCUGGCAGUACUGGGACCAUACACUAUGAUCCAGCUGUCACUAGUGGAGAAGAGUUAAGAGCUGCCAUAGAAGACAUGGGAUUUGAUGCCUCUGUGCUGACAGACACCGCCCCUGGAGAACACAGGUGCCAGCCUGAUGCCAGCAAAGCUGCUGUGCAGCCUCAAGCUCCAGAGCCUCCUCACCAAGGCAAUGCCUCAGAUGCUCUUCCAGACAAUCCUCACCCUGAUGGGUCAAACCAGCUCAGUGGAGCCACAGAAGAGAAGUGUGUUUUACAGAUCACAGGCAUGACCUGUGCAUCGUGUGUGUCUACCAUUGAAAGAAAUUUGCAGAAAGAAGAUGGAAUUGUUUCAGUGUUGGUAGCACUGAUGGCAGGUAAAGCAGAGAUAAAAUACAAGCCAGAACUCAUACAGCCCCUUGAAAUAGCACAGCUGAUCCAGAAUUUGGGUUUUGAAGCUACCAUCAUGGAAAAUAAUGCAGAAACAGAAGGGCAAGUGGAGCUUCUUGUUACAGGGAUGACUUGUGCUUCUUGUGUUCACAAAAUUGAAUCCAAACUCAUGAGAACAAAUGGCAUAUUCUCUGCCUCAGUUGCACUUGCAACUAGCAAGGCUCACAUCCAGUUUGAUCCUGAAAUUAUUGGACCUCGAGAUAUUAUAAAAGUAAUCAAGGAAAUUGGCUUUCAUGCUUCUGUGGCUAAAAGAGCUCCAAAUGCACAUAACCUGAGUCAUAAAAAGGAAAUACAGCAGUGGAGGAAAUCUUUCUUGUACAGCCUAGUGUUUGGUAUCCCUGUUGUAGUCAUAAUGAUUUAUAUGCAAAUACCAAAUGGUGAAGACCAUGGGUCUAAGGUGCUGGAACAGAACCUCAUUCCUGGAUUGUCUAUUUUGAAUCUUCUCUUUUUUAUCCUGUGCACUUUUGUUCAGUUCCUUGGUGGAUGGUAUUUUUACGUGCAAGCUUACAAGUCCCUGAGGCACAAGACGGCCAACAUGGAUGUGCUCAUCGUACUGGCCACGACGAUUGCUUAUGUGUAUUCCUGCGUGAUCCUGCUCGUAGCAAUCCUUGAAAAGGCAGAGAAAAGCCCCGUCACUUUCUUCGACACUCCUCCCAUGUUGUUUGUGUUCAUUGCGCUCGGCAGAUGGCUGGAACACAUAGCCAAGGGUAAGACGUCAGAAGCUCUUGCUAAGCUCAUGUCUCUUCAAGCCACAGAAGCCACUGUGGUGACUCUUGGACCUGGCCACUCUAUUGUCAGGGAGGAGCAAGUACCUGUUGAACUGGUUCAGAGGGGUGAUAUUAUAAAAGUUGUUCCUGGUGGAAAGUUCCCAGUGGAUGGAAAGGUCAUUGAUGGCAGUUCUAUGGCAGAUGAGUCUCUCAUUACUGGGGAACCUAUGCCAGUCAUUAAAAAGCCAGGGAGCACAGUGAUUGCUGGUUCUAUAAAUGCAUAUGGGUCACUUCUUGUUAAUGCAACUCAUGUUGGUAGUGAUACCACACUGGCACAGAUUGUGAAAUUGGUGGAAGAAGCUCAAAUGUCGAAGGCACCUAUCCAGCAACUGGCAGAUAAAUUUAGUGGAUACUUUGUUCCAUUUAUCAUCAUCAUUUCAACUGUGACAUUGAUAGCAUGGAUCACAAUUGGUUUUGUAAACUUUGAUAUUAUUAAAAAAUAUUUUCCUAAUCAGAGCAAAAACAUUUCAAAAGCUGAAAUAAUACUGAGGUUUGCAUUUCAAACCUCAAUCACUGUGCUGAGCAUUGCAUGCCCUUGCUCUUUAGGCCUGGCUACCCCCACAGCUGUAAUGGUGGGCACAGGAGUGGCUGCGCAGAAUGGAAUUCUCAUCAAAGGUGGAAAACCCCUGGAAAUGGCACAUCAGAUCAAGACUGUGAUGUUUGAUAAAACUGGGACCAUCACCUAUGGAGUUCCUAAAGUCACGAGGGUGCUUUUGAUGGGAGACACAACUGUGCUCCCCCUGAAGAAGGUACUGGCUGUUGUUGGUACAGCAGAAGCCAGCAGCGAGCAUCCUUUAGGAAUGGCUGUCACUAAAUACUGCAAAGAGGAGCUUGGCGCUGAGAGCCUGGGAUACUGCACCGACUUCCAGGCAGUCCCAGGCUGUGGUAUCAGCUGCAAGGUCGGAGGAGUUGAGGCCAUCCUUGGCACAGCUGAGGAAGGUCCCAAUAAGCUGGAUGCUAACAGGAGUGGGGACAGCAGUGCUCCUCUGGGAGAUAAUGGAGCUAUCACGCUCUUGGAAUCACAAGGUCCAUCAGCUUCUCAGAAAUACUCGGUGUUGAUCGGAAAUCGUGAGUGGAUGCGACGCAAUGGCUUGAAUAUUGCAAAUGAUGUAAAUGAUGCAAUGACAAACCAUGAAAUGAAAGGACAGACUGCCAUACUGGUGGCUAUAGAUGGUGUGUUGUGUGGAAUGAUCGCCGUAGCAGACACUGUCAAGCAGGAGGCAGCCCUUGCUGUGCACACACUGCAGAGCAUGGGAAUAGACGUGGUGCUCAUAACAGGGGACAACAGGAAAACUGCAAAAGCCAUUGCUACUCAGGUUGGGAUCAAAAAAGUCUUUGCGGAGGUCCUUCCUUCCCACAAGGUUGCAAAGGUCCAGGAGCUCCAAAAUGAAAAGAAGAAGGUUGCAAUGGUUGGUGAUGGAGUCAACGAUUCCCCUGCACUAGCCAAGGCCGAUGUUGGAAUUGCAAUUGGAACAGGCACCGACGUUGCCAUUGAAGCUGCAGAUGUUGUUCUUAUCCGAAAUGAUUUGCUGGAUGUAGUUGCCAGUAUUCACUUAUCCAAGAGAACAGUUCGAAGAAUACGAAUAAAUCUGAUUCUUGCCCUAAUUUAUAAUCUGCUUGGAAUACCCAUAGCAGCAGGUGUGUUCAUGCCUCUUGGCCUCGUGCUUCAGCCUUGGAUGGGGUCAGCUGCAAUGGCAGCUUCUUCUGUGUCUGUCCUGAUGUCUUCACUGCAGCUGAAAUGUUACAAGAAGCCAGACACAGAAAGCUAUGAAGCACAAGCUCAAGGCCGCAUGAAGCCACUCACUCCUUCUCAAAUCAGUGUUCACAUUGGAAUGGAUGACAGGAGGAGGGACUCUUCCAAACCAUCUCCUUGGGACCAGACAAGCCAAGUGUCCCUCUCCUCCUUGGCUUCAGACAGGCUGCCGAGACGCAAUGGUUUCAUCCAGGAGGAAGGGAGCAAGUGGUCAUUGCUCAUGAACGGAGCGGACGAGGAGCAGUACAUCUGAAACUCUGGACUCUUAGUACAGGGGGAAAUGUUCCUCCUCCCCAGCCAGGGGAGGGACUGACUCAUUUCAUCAACAGCUUCAGUGUUGUAAGUGAAGUGUUCCUUCAGCUCACAAGACAAUUGCAACUCAGCUCAGUGUUGGGUUAUAUGGAUUGUGGAUUUUUUUCAGGUCACCAGUUAUUUCUAGUUAUGGAAAUAAUCUGUGCCACUAUAA